GGUAGAGGAAUGUGAUUAACUUGAUUUCUCUGCAGUGCCUUCAUAAACCUUGAAAAUGUCUUUUGUUUUUCUACUUAGCUUUAAGAGGGAACAGCAUCAUGGCGGCCGUAAGAUUCAACCAAGAAUUGAUAAAAAUGGUCGAAAGUGCCGACAUUCCGAAGCCUAUGUGUGAUGAGUUCAAGAGGAUGAUUUCAGGAAUGAAUUUCAAGGCAUGUCUAGCCGAUUGUACGCCAAAAUUUAAGUUGAACGUUCGUCGGCAUCUACUUAAGUUUAACGACAACUCCAUAAACGAUGAUGAUACUCUUGACGACCUCAAAAAUCGUCGAAUGGCCGUAGCCAAGACCUUGUUAGGCAAACUUGGUCUGGAUACCAACAUCGAGGCUCCAUUAUUCUGUACCUGGGGCUGCAACACCUUUAUUGGUAAAAAUGUCUACAUCAACAGGGAUGUUUCGAUUUUUGAUAGCGCACCCGUUCAAAUUGGCGACCGUGUUCUCAUUGGGCCUGGUGUCUGUAUAUGCACCGAUGCGCAUGAAGUUGACCCUGUGUCGAGGAAACAAAGCCAAAUAGGAUCUUAUGCAAAACCAAUAGUUAUUGGCGAUGAUUGUUGGAUUGGGGGAAGAGUAGUUAUAGUUGCAGGGGUUACUAUUGGUAAUGGAUCGACGGUUGCAGCUGGGGCUGUUGUCGUCAAGGAUGUUGAAGCAAAUUGUCUUGUUGGUGGUGUGUACCUGCCAAGAUCAUUAGGAGGCUUGAUAAUGGAGCCAUGUUGCCAAAGUAACAUUCUUCGACUUUGAUACUUCUUUCCAUCUGGGUGACAUAUCAUUUUUGGGCUUUAGGGGGUGUGGAGGGUAUUUGCGGUCAGGUAAAUACCUACAUAUGUAAUAUUGUUACCUCGAUGGUUCUUCAUCGUUGAUAUUUUCGGGCUUCUUUCUAUAGUUGCAUCUAGUCUGCACAUAUAGUCAAGAAUGACGUUGAAAGGCAAGAAGGUUUGUGGUAUCGCAAUAUCUGAAAGCCAUUUAUUUACGGAUUGCCGCAGCGAUUGGAUAUUUAAGACAGUAUUGAAAAUCCAAUUACUCUUGUACGAUGUUUAUUUCGUAGAUAACCUGGAUUUUUGGAUUUGCUGUGCUUAUAUGUGAGGAGGGGAUUUAUUAAAUCUCGGUUCUUGCGUAUUCUUCAUGCUCCCAAAGGAGAAUAUCCUAUCUUGAACAUAAGAAAAAUUAUUUAAAAGAAAACAAUUUCACUCCA